UUUGCCAUCGCCAUCGUAAUUUCGUAAAACGUGUGUUUGAGUGAGUUGUUGAACUACAAAGAGAAAGUGAAUAUUCUCUUCAAAUUUUCUUCCUAGAAAAAAAUGAGCGUGGAUCCUUAUGGGCCGGCGUCUCAAACCUUGACCUUCCUUGAUACAGACGAAGCGGAUUUUGGAGCCGAUACGCAAGGAAGUGCCUACGAAUUUACGGAUUUCACAGCGCCUUCUCAAACGCAGACUCAAUCUCAGGCGAGUCAACCAGUCGCUAACGAAACUUCGGUCAACGUUUCACCGUCAAAGGCAGAAGAAACUUUGAGCGAGAAGUUGAAAAACGGUGAAGAUGAAAGCGCUGUUGACAAGGAAACCGUUGGCAAUGUGACGAAGACUUUGGGCGAGUUGAACUUUGAAGAAGAAGACGACGAAGCGUAUUAUACAAAAGAUUUACCUCCCCAUGCAUGCAGAUAUUGUGGCAUCCAUGAUCCAGCUUCUGUAGUGAUGUGUAAUCAAACGAAGAAAUGGUUUUGCAAUAGUCGUGGAAAUACAUCAGGAAGUCAUAUCAUAAACCAUCUCGUGAGAGCCAAGCAUAAGGAGGUUACAUUACAUAAAGAUGGUCCUCUUGGUGAAACAGUUUUGGAAUGCUACAAUUGUGGAUCAAAGAAUGUUUUCCUCUUGGGAUUUAUACCUGCCAAAGCUGAUUCAGUGGUGGUGUUGCUUUGUCGGCAACCUUGUGCCACACAAAGUAGUUUGAAAGAUAUGAACUGGGAUCCAAGUCAGUGGCAACCGUUAAUUAACGACCGAUGUUUCCUCCCAUGGUUGGUGAAAAUUCCUUCCGAAGAAGAUCAGAUGCGUGCCAGACAAAUCAAUGCUCAACAGAUCAACAAACUCGAAGAAUUGUGGAAGAACAAUCCCGAUGCGUUGUUGGAGGAUUUAGAAAAGCCUGGGGUUGACGAUGAACCACAACCAGUAAUGUUGCGGUACGAGGAUGCUUAUCAAUAUCAGAACAUUUUUGGGCCGCUGGUCAAACUUGAAGCUGAUUAUGACAAAAGACUAAAGGAAUCUCAGACUCAAGACAACAUCGUUAUUCGCUGGGACAUCGGUUUGAACAAGAAACGUAUAGCUUAUUUCAGCUUUCCAAAAGCAAACGAUGACAUACGAUUGAUGGCGGGUGACGAGCUUCGUGUUCGUUACAUUGGUGAACUGCACAAACCAUGGCAAGGCGUUGGACAUGUGAUUAAAGUGCCUAAUAAUUAUGGUGAUGAAGUUGGCAUCGAAUUGCGCAGUAAUCUCGGCGCUCCUAUUGAAUGCACACAUAACUUCUGCGUUGAUUUUGUUUGGAAAUCCACUUCGUUUGAUCGCAUGCAAGCUGCGAUGAAAACGUUUGCAGUCGAUGAGACGUCGGUCAGCGGUUAUAUUUAUCACAAAUUACUUGGUCACGACAUGGAGGAACAAAUAGUGAAGUGCACGCUCCCGAAAAGAUUCUCGGCGCCGGGACUUCCCGAGCUCAAUCAUUCUCAAGUUUAUGCUGUCAAAACCGUACUACAGCGGCCGCUAAGUCUAAUUCAGGGACCACCGGGUACUGGAAAGACCGUAACAUCUGCAUCUGUUGUUUACCAUCUUGUGAGACAAAAUAUGGGGCAGGUGUUGGUUUGCGCACCAAGUAAUAUUGCUGUGGAUCAGUUGACCGAGAAGAUUCAUAAAACUGGGUUAAAGGUUGUACGUCUUUGCGCCAAAAGCCGGGAGGCCAUUGAUUCCCCCGUUGCGUUCCUUGCAUUGCAUAACCAGGUUCGCAACAUGGAAAGCGUGCCGGAAUUACAGAAACUUCAGCAACUGAAAGAUGAACAAGGAGAACUUUCGUCUUCAGAUGAAAAGCGUUACAAAACGUUGAAGAGAAAUUGCGAGCGAGAGUUACUUCAAAAUGCGGACGUUAUCUGUACAACAUGUGUUGGUGCUGGUGACCCUAGACUCUCAAAGUUCCGCUUUAGAUCCGUUCUCAUUGAUGAGUCGACCCAGGCUACAGAACCUGAGUGUAUGAUUCCAGUCGUUGUUGGGUGUAAACAGCUCGUUCUCGUUGGUGAUCAUUGUCAAUUGGGUCCUGUUGUGAUGUGUAAAAAAGCGGCAAAUGCAGGCUUAUCGCAAUCGUUAUUCGAGCGUCUUGUUGUUCUUGGUAUACGACCUAUCCGUCUUCAAGUACAGUACCGUAUGCAUCCUGCGUUGAGCGAGUUUCCAUCCAAUCUUUUUUACGACGGGACACUACAGAAUGGUGUUACAGUUGCGGAGCGAAUGCAACCAGGAAUGGACUUUCCUUGGCCUGUCCCUGAGAAACCAAUGUUCUUUUAUGCUACGACUGGGCAAGAAGAAAUAGGAUCAUCGGGAACAUCAUUCCUUAACAGAACGGAAGCUGCAGCCGUUGAAAAGAUUGCCACGCGAUUCCUGCGUGCAGGUGUUAAACCUGGUCAAAUAGGGGUGAUAACACCGUAUGAGGGACAACGGGCCUACAUCGUGCAGUAUAUGCAGUACAGUGGAUCGAUGCACGUGAAUCUGUACCAGGAUAUUGAGGUAGCGAGUGUGGAUGCAUUCCAAGGCCGAGAGAAAGAUUACAUUAUACUUUCUUGUGUCAGGUCCAACGAGCAUCAGGGUAUUGGGUUUCUGCAAGAUCCCCGUCGUCUCAACGUAGCAUUGACACGUGCGAAAUAUGGAACGUUGAUUGUUGGAAAUCCUAAAGUACUGUCACGGCAAGAACUUUGGAAUCAUUUGCUAAACUAUUACAAGGAGAAUAAAGUUUUGGUCGAAGGUCCAUUAAACAACAUGAAAGAAAGUAUGAUUCAGUUUAGUAAACCAAGAAAACUGGUGAACAAAACUAACCCGGGUGGCCGGUACAUGAGCUCCACUAUGUUUGAUGCUCGCGAGGCUCUUAUGCCCGGUCGGGUUAUUGGCCACGGAUUUCCCCCGCAAAUGGAUCCAACGGCAACCUAUCAGGAUGCGUAUUACCGGACACAUGAUCGCAUGGGUUAUAUUGGAGCUGAAAGGACAGUUGCUGCAGCUGUGGGUAACAUUCCUAUUCCAGUUGGGAUGUUUAUCCCCCCGAUGCCCCCACAACCCCCUCAUAACUAUUACAAUCAAGCUGCAAUGCAAGGUCGUCCAAUGGCAGGUGUAAGACAACAACAUGUCCCAAAUCAGUAUCGUAGCAACCGUAGUCAAGGUUCUGGCAAUCGUCAUCAAUCUAAUCACACGCCUUAUGCUGCCCAUAUGAACACCAGUCAGGCUAGUCAGGAUGCUUCACAACCACUGUCCCAAGGGCCAUUGACUCAAGGUGGUAUGUCAAUGAGUCAACCAAUGGCGUCACAACCACUCUCACAACCGGAGUUGUCUCAGGACAGUUAUUUGGCUGAAGAUUAUCAUUUAAAAUCCCAAGGCGAUGCCGUGCUGUCUCAGGAUUCUACGUAUCAGGGCGACCAGGGUUAUAUGAAUUCCCUGCCUGAUUUCAGCCAACCGAACUACGCCUCUCAGUACUAAUUGCCUGAUUGCAGGCACGCGGGAGCACUCCCGCGGGCAUCAGGUCAGGGCUCCCACGCCCCACCUGGUGGGAAGAGGUAGGUUUGUGGAGAUGGAAGAUAAUGGAAAAGUUGUCCCCCUCUUGGUUUGGAGGUUAAAGUUUGAGUUCUUUCGUUGAGAAAAGAAGUUGUUGCAGGUUUCUAUUUUUUUUCAAAUUCCUUUUAAUGGCUAAAUAGUAUGUACUAAUAACUUUAGGCAGUAGCUUUAUGAGCUUGCGCAUGUAGAACUUGGUAAAUUUCAGGUUGUUCUCUAUUUUUCUCGAUGACGAUAAAAUACGGAGAAUUCACAUGAUAUUUAACAGGUUUUCACGUGUUGUAAAGAAUCGUUGUGCAAACUUUUAUAGCUAUAAAGAUUUGUUGUGAUUUUGUUUUCAUGUGUAAGUUUCUUACGUUAAGUGGCGGCGUGCGACGAAUCAUUGGUGAAUUUUCUUGGGUUUUUCAAAGUAAUUGCUAUUAGAAUUCACCAUGAUGCUCGUUGACAUGUGAAAACUCUUUGACGAGAUGUUUAUUAGCAUCGUAACUAAUGGACAACCGGAGUUCAUCGAUCGAGACUGAGCAAUAGAACUAUAAUGUGCAUUUUGGUAAAGAUUUGUUUAAAAGAAAAUUAUCCCCACGGGUAAUCCGACAUGUUUGAUGCUUUUAUUUUUUUCUUUUAAUCUGCUAUUUUAUACCAGAGAGUUUUUUAUGUCCAUGACAAGGAUAUCCUAGUGCGUCAUGUAACUUGUGUGGAAGAAUCCUGAAAUAUUUCAAUGUUAUGUUUUUUUGUUCGCUUAAAAGUUAUUUUGAAAGCUUGAACAUGGCGUUUGGAGCUAGUCUCGAUCGUGCAUAUCACAAUAAAGUUACUUGAUCUAGUUGCACAAGACUUGUAUUAAUGCUAUUUAAAGUAACUGUAUUAAUAAAAAUGUAAACAAUGCAUUCAAUUUUUUGAUUGAAACAUUAAAGUUGCAUCUCGAUUAA